GUAAACGGGUUCUUUCAUUUCCUUAAACUUUACGCAUGUGAUUUUACGCACAGACGCUGCUCCGUGACUCAAACCACCCAUGCCACGAAAAGUUCGGCAGCAGACCAGGAUGUGCUGACGUGGACCAAUGGGCUGAGGCGGUGGGCGGGACCAGGAUGAGCGCUGAGCCGCUAUUGGAGGAGCUGCUGAUUAAACGGUCGCAGCAGAAAAAGAAAACGUCUCCACUGAACUACAAGGAGAGACUGUUUGUGCUGACGAAGAGCGCACUGAGCUACUACGAUGGACGCAUCGAGAAGCGCUUCAGAAAAGGCCUGAUCGAAUUAAGUCGGAUCAAAUGUGUGGAGAUCGUGAAGAACAGAGGAAACGUCAUCCCCUGUCAGAACAAGUACCCUUUUCAGGUGGUGUACGACAACUCGACGCUGUACGUGUUUGCCCCGAGUCACGACAGCAGGAGCCAAUGGGUGCAGAGCCUCAAAGACGAGAUAAAGGAGAACCCGAUGGUGGUGGCGAAGUUCCACCCUCAGUUCUGGCAGGAGGGGGCGUGGCUCUGCUGCAGACAGGCCGACAAGAUGGCGCCCGGAUGUGAGGAGUACAACCUGUUUGGAGACAUUUCCAGAAAACCACUGCCUCCCAUUCCAGGAGAGGAGCGGCGUCGCCCGCCCCCUCCCGCCCCCGCCUCAGUCUCGUCCGACGCUCCUCCCCCUCCUGACCAGCAGGAGGCGAUAGUUGUGGCUCUGUACGAUUUCCCCGGAGCCGAGGCUCACGACCUGAGCCUGAAGAAGGGACAAGAAUACGUCAUCGUGGAGAAGUGCGACGUCAACUGGUACAAGGCGCGCAACAAGUACGGGGAGGAGGGCUACAUACCAAGUAAUUAUGUGACAGAGAAGAAUUGUAGUAACCUGGUGCAGUUUGUGUGGUACAGUAAAGAAGUGAACCGAAACAAAGCCGAGGCGCUCCUUAGGAAAGAGAACAAAGAGGGAGCGUUCAUCGUGCGAGACUCGAGCACAGCGGGGGCCUACACAGUGUCUGUAUAUGUCAAGUCCCUCGGGGAGGGGGGGUCGGCGGUCAAACAUUACCACAUUAAGGAGACUCAGGGCUCGCCAAAGCAGUAUUACCUCGCCGAAAAACACCUGUUCAGCAACAUCCCCGACCUCAUCGAGUACCACAAGCACAACGCCGCAGGUCUCGUUGCCAGACUGAGGUAUCCUGGCGGGAAACCAGACACGUCGGCUCCUUCUACAGCCGGCUUCAGCUACGAGAAGUGGGAGAUAAACCCGAGUGAGCUGACCUUCAUGAAGGAGCUGGGCAGUGGGCAGUUUGGGCAGGUGCGACUGGGCAAAUGGAGAGCUCAACACAAAGUGGCCAUCAAAGCCAUCAGAGAAGGAGCCAUGUACGAGGAGGACUUCAUCGAGGAGGCCAAGGUCAUGAUGCGCCUGUCCCACCCUCGCCUGGUGCAGUUGUACGGCGUGUGCAGUCAGCAGAGGCCCAUCUACAUCGUCACAGAGUUCAUGGAGCUGGGGUGUCUCCUGAACGUCCUGAGAAAGAAACGAGGAACCCUGAACCGGGACGUGCUCCUCAGCGCCUCCCUGGACGUGUGCCAGGGCAUGGAGUACCUCGAGAACAACAGCUUCAUCCACAGAGACCUGGCGGCCCGGAACUGUUUGGUGAACGACUCCAUGGUGGUGAAAGUGUCCGAUUUCGGCAUGACCAGAUACGUGUUGGACGACCAGUACACCAGUUCAUCCGGCGCCAAGUUCCCGGUGAAGUGGUCUCCUCCUGAGGUCUUUAACUUCUGCAAAUACAGCAGCAAGUCGGACGUGUGGUCGUUUGGUGUGCUGAUGUGGGAGGUCUUCACCGAGGGCCGCAUGCCGUUUGAACAGAACUCAAACCACGAGGUCGUUACCAUGGUGAUGCACGGUCAUCGCCUGUACCGGCCCAAACUGGCGUCGGAGAUAAUCUACGGCCUCAUGCAAAAGUGCUGGCACGAGAGGCCAGAUAAGCGUCCGUCUUUUAAGGAACUAGCGUCACAAAUCGAUGGCAUUUUGGAAGGUGAUGCCCCGUCCACACCGUGAACAACUGACCAAUCAGCUGCCUCCGUUUUCCACUCCGUAUGAAGGCAUUUAGAAGAAGUAACAAAUAUUAAAGACAUUACUAACCGAAUGACUGACCAAUCAAAUGAAAAACUCCAGCUUCAAGACAAUGAAGCUGUUUUACUGUGACGUAUUUAAAUAAACCAGUUUAUCCUUUG